AUGAAAGAGUAAAAUAAGAUAUUUUUUAAGAUUUAAAAUCUUUAAUAUUUUGUAAUGAUAGCUCAAUUAAAUAAAUGGUAAGUAGCAUUCACUCAGACUCUAAAUCACUAUGCUAUUAAGAUAUCUGUAAUUUACUCACAAAAAAGAUAUAAAAUAUUGAUAACAAUAGUUCUUUUUAUUCGUGUUAACAAAGUUAAUUAUUUUCUGAGGCACAAUCAACAUCAUAUCAAAAUUUUGAAAAAUUUACAGUAAAAAGAGGUUCAUAUUAAGAAAACAAAGAAAUUGCCAAGCUUAAAUAAGAGAUUUAAAUUUAUUAAAAUUAAAAAAACUAAUUCAUGGUAGAAUUGA